AUGCUAACGCAUACCGGGCUGCGGUGGCUGCCGGCGUCAAGAUCGCCAGCAGGUCAGACCAUGGCAUCAGCAAAAGAAAGCCCAGUAAGUCACGGCCACAACGGUAAGGGUCUCGAGCUGGCGGUUCAAGUGGGCGGUAUGACCCCCUUGAAGGCGAUCGAGGCAUCUACAGCCACUGCUCCAGAAGUCCUGAGCCCUCAAGCUCUCGAAACUUGCAUGUUGAAGGCAGGUUAUGAUACCGAUUUCAUUGCGCUGACGUCCAACCCAUUGGAAAAUGUCAGUGUUGUCGCUGACCCAGACCAUGUCACACAUAUAUGGCUCGGAGGAUAG